AUGGCGGCCGCGUCCGCCGUCGCCUCAACGGUGUCCGCGAUCUCCAACCACGUUGCCGCCGGGCACCUUUUCGCCGCCAUCGACGCCCUCCCCGCGUGCUCUGCCUCCUCCCUGCUCCCGCCCUCUCUUUACGCCUCGCUCCUCCGCUUGGCAACCUCCCGCCGCUCCCUCGCCGCCGCCCGCCGCGUCGCCUCCCACCUCGCCUCCUCUUCGUCUUCUUCCCCUUCCACCUCGAUCUCGUCCACUCCAACAUUCCUCUUCAACCGCGCCAUCGAGUCCCUUGCUGCCUGCGGCAGUCUCGCCGACGCGCGGGAGAUGUUCGACGCAAUGCCACGCCGGGACGGCGGUUCCUGGAACGCCAUCAUCUCCGCCUCGUCCCGCGCUGGGCACCCUGCAGAGGCGCUCUCCCUCUUCGCUGACAUGAACUCUCUUGGCAUUCGCCCCAAGGACGUCACACUGGCAUCAGUGCUUGCCUGCUGUGCUGAGUGCCUUGACCUGCGUGGUGCACAGCAGCUUCAUGGUCAUAUGGCAAAGAGGGACUUCCAGUCCAAUGUGAUUCUAGGCACGGCACUGGUUGACGUGUACGGGAAGUGCCUCGUGCUUACAGAUGCAAGGCGGGUAUUUGAUGGCAUCCUGCAACCCAAUGACAUUUCAUGGAAUGUAAUCAUCCGGAGAUAUCUUCUCGCUGGUAUGGGCGACAUGGCAGUUCAUAUGUUCUUCAGGAUGGUAUGGGCUGGUGUUAGGCCACUGGUAUAUACUGUCACACACGCAAUGCUUGCUUGCCGGGAUAACGGUGCACUUAAAGAAGGGAGGUGUAUACAUACUUUUGUGCUCCGCCAUGGGUAUGAACACCACGUACACGUGCGGAGCUCAGUUGUAGAUAUGUAUGCAAAGUGUGGUGACAUUGAUGCAGCGCAAAGGCUCUUCAACUUGGCACCAAAGAAGGACGUGGUGAUGUCCACUUCAGUUGUGUCAGGAUUGGCUGCUUGUGGGAGGUUUGCUGAUGCAAAAAGGGUGUUUGAUGGCAUGGAACAGCACAAUUUGGUAUCCUGGAAUGCUAUGUUGACCGGUUAUGUCAAGUCCAUGGAUCUGACUGGUGCUUUAGAUUUGUUCCAGCAGAUGAGGCAUGAGACAAAGGAGCUUGAUGUCGUUACACUUGGUUCUGUGCUCAAUGCCUGUACAGGGCUGCUUGACCUUGGGAAAGGUGAGGAGCUCCAUGCACUUGCUCUCAAGUUUGGUUUGUUCAGUUACCCCUUUUUGAUGAAUGCACUUGUGAGGUUAUAUUCCAAAUGUGGAUGCCUGAGGAAUGCAGAACGGCUUCUUCUUUUUGAGAUGGGAUCAGAGAGAGAUAGAUUCUCCUGGAACUCACUCAUCUCAGGUUACGAACGCCACUCCAUGAGUGAAGCAGCUCUGCAUGCUCUACGUGAGAUGCAAUCUGAGGCAAAACCUAGCCAGUCCACGUUCAGCUCUGCCCUUGCAGCCUGUGCAAAUAUAUUUCUGCUUAAUCAUGGGAAGCAGAUUCAUGCAUACAUGAUCAGAAACGGGUAUGAUAUUGAUGACAUACUGCAAAGUGCACUGGUUGAUAUGUAUUCCAAGUGUAGGCUGUUUGAUUAUUCCUCCAGGAUCUUUGAGUUGGGAUUAUCUAAUGAUGUCAUCCUGUGGAAUUCUAUGAUCUUUGCAUGUGCUUACAAUAGCAAAGGUGACUAUGGGCUUGAAUUGUUCGAUGAAAUGCGGAAGCAGGGGAUUAGGCCAGACUCUGUCACUUUCCUUGGUGCUCUGGUUUCAUGUAUCUCUGAAGGGCAUGUUGGGUUGGGGAGGAGUUAUUUCACUCUGAUGACUGAUGAGUAUAGCAUCGUCCCACGCAUCGAACACUAUGAAUGCAUGAUCGAGCUGUUGGGCAAGCAUGGAUACAUGGUUGAGCUAGAGGAUUUCAUGGACCACAUGCCCUUUGAGCCAACAACCGCGAUGUGGCUCAGGAUCUUUGACUGCUGCAGGGAAUAUGGGAACAGCAAAUUAGGGGAGAGGGCUGCGCAGCGUAUCAAUGACAGCAAACCCCUGACUCCAGUUGUAUUUGUUGAGUCCACUCCUGACUACGAAUGCAGUGGCAGUGAUGAUGCGGAGCCCAUGUCAUUCUGCUGA